CAACAUUGUAAUUGCGUUCCAAUUUCCACGGUACAUCUUAGACGUCUUGAAUUCAUACGAAAGUAAAUUGAUCAAAUUAAAAUGUUAAUUCCAGUAAUUUUAUUUUAAAAUUAUUCCAAUAAAUUCAUUGUCACAACAGAUUCCAUUUUUUGUUGAAAACUUCCAUAUUUUUUAUAUUCCUAAAGCACUAUUUUUGCGCCGAUUUUUUUAAUUGAAGCUCUUUGAAAGUGAUUUUAUAUACAAAGAAGCUGUGAAUUUUUUUCAUUUUGGUUCGAUUGACAAAAAUUACCAUUUCUUAUUGUUGUUUUUGCAGUUGCUUUCCAUUCCUAUAGACCGACUACUUACCCAUAUAUUGCAUGGUGUGUUUCUGUUUCAACCCCAAUAGGAAAGGAAAGCACCUUUACAGCACGUAGCCCUAAUCUGAACGCUAUAGUCUGCUUUCUCAGCCCCAUUUUGUGUAUUAUUUUAACAACUAUAGUUCUAAAACAGGUUAGACCCAAAUUAUGGCCCUGUUGAGUAUCGUAUAGAUCGCAAAUUUGAUAUAAGACCCAGUUGAUAAAUCAAUUAUGAAUAGAUUCGUCACUGAAGACCCCGUUUGCGGCUUGGACCAUAUAUUUAAUAUCAAGUCAAAACAUCCUUUCUCUCGGAACACUUAAUGGGUAUUUUACCCGACCCCAUCAGGUAAGAUUUCGCGUUUGACACAGAUAUACGAAACUAGGAAAAGGUAAUUUGUUAUCCUAAUUUUCCAAACUGUUAUUUGCCCUCUUUGUCUUUGUUCUUAAUUUAGCUCUUACAUUAAUCAAAUAAGACGAUAAAACGCGUUUUUGCUUUGUUUUGUUUAUUGUUAUUAAUGAUUCCAAUGCGCAACUUAGUUCAAGAGAAUAUAAUUUAGCAGUUAUUUAUGGCAACGCCUAAUUUAUCUCGAACAAACGAAAAAUAACUGCAACAAACUGCAUAUUUGCUGUUGGUGUUUGGCAAAAAACGGUGUUAAUUCUCAAGAAAAGGCCAAUAUGAUUUCGAUUUUGCAGUUACACCUUUAUUAUCGACGAAACCGAAAACAGAAUUUACAAAAACGUGGCUGCAGUUCUGGUUGCAGCAGUUGAUUCUCCAGGUCUUACUUGACUUCGGUGCUGUUACAUAUUAUAGUCCAAAUUCCGUUGUCUCUAAAGCGGAUACCAUUGCCUACCGAUUCUCCAGUCUGUCUCUUUUGCUCAUCACAAUCUCCCAGCAACAAAGUUUAAGUCCUGAAUUUGUUAUCAUUGUGAAUUGCAAGUGAUGAAUUUAUAUAUCUACAAGAUAACUAUCCAAUUCAGUCUGACCGAAUUGAACUAUCGCGUACGAAAUGUUUAUUUAUAAAUUCGCACCUUAAUCAAUAUCAACAUGAGGUCAUAACGACCCAAAAGCUGUUUUAAGCUCCAUAUCAAAAUUCGAGUGUGCUAUCAUGACAACUCUCCUGAGAUUUCCUCGAAGAUUCAAAUUAUUUUACAUUGUGCUUAUUUUUCACUUUAUUUGCUUCUCGUGCCUUCUUGUUCACAUUUUGAGCCCCGAAGCUCUCGUGUCGGAAGUUAGUUCUCCGAAUCGGUACAACUUCGAUGUAAAAUGGGCCGAGAGCGAGAUUCAAGUUAGAGCUAACGACUCAUCAACGUCUCAUUUAUUUCACAUCGGAGCCAACGACACACCAUCAGCAUAUAUGAAGGGCGACCUUAUUCUGUUCAGUGCGGCGGAUGUGUGUGAGAGGAGGGGGAGAGGUUUCAGUGCGAAGAGCGGAGAAGACAUGGUGUUGGUGUUGAUAGCCAGUCGUCCAGACAGGGUGGACCUCAGACAGACUAUCCGGAACACAUGGGCUAAAAAGGAGUCAUACGACAACCUAACGAUGAACUUCGUACUCCUCUUCGCCGUCAAUUUACCAGAUGACUCAUCGGGAAGUCGUCGACUGGAGUCAGAAGCGAAGUACAGUCGUGACAUCAUAGUUGUGAACUUGAAGCCAGAGUACCAUCUUCUCACAGUGCAACUACUCAUGGCACUGCAGUGGGUGAACCAGAGCUGUCCGGAUGCCAAGUAUGUGUUGAAAGUUGACGAUGACACCUAUACACACUUGGGAGCCAUGGACAAAUUCAUACGAUUAAUGGAGUUGCAGAAACCAACCAAUGCGAGUGGAUUAUAUGGUGGGAACUGCUUCAAAAAUGCAACGGUGCUACGAAAAGGUGACAAAAUUCCGAGGACGUACAAGAAAUGGGUGGUGUCCCAUGAGCAGUACAGCGAGAAGAUAUUUCCCAGGUACUGCAACGGACCCGCCUAUUUCUUCUCCACCUCCCUGCUGCCCCAGAUAACCGCCAAAUGUCCAUUCCACUGCACAGGAUUCCCGGAAUCACAGAAUUUCCUGAACUCAAGUCAGAACCCGGGUAAUAGAUCAGGAUGUUUCUGGGACUGGGAAGACGUAUUCUUCGGGUCCUGUAUCAGUACAUUUGAAAAGCAACCAUAUACAAACUUUGAGGGUCAAAAUUAUUAUCUAGCAGGAAUGCCCAAAGUUAAAGAUUUAGACCCGAGUAAACCUUACGAAGCUAUUCAUCCAAUCAAAAGGCCUCGCGCCCUGAAUGCUAUUUAUAAGAAAUAUUCAGUUGUUUUAGUUAAUGAACAAAAGACAAAACUUUCCGAAGGUGCAAAUAAAUCAUCCCUUUUUUCAUCAAUGUUAACUUUUUGAUUAUACAAAUUUUC